AUGGCAGAGACAGAAGCAAAAAUAGAGCAAGAACUCAAGAGACUUAUACCAACCAGCCGACCAAAUAACAUCCAAACCCAAAAGUUCCUUCGUCGCAUCUCCCUUCAUCCAACUCUAACUCCAUACCGCCGACGCGUCUACCGCGUCCUUCUCUCCGUUCCGAGCGGCCGCUGGACCACAUACUCCGCAAUGGCAACAUACCUAAAGUCCAGCGCGCGGGCCGUGGGAAACGCGAUGCGCACAAACCCUUUUGCACCCGAAGUUCCCUGUCACCGGGUCCUUGCGGCGGGUGGGUCGUUAGGUGGGUAUAAAGGGGAGUGGAGGGUCAGCACGCAUAAAUUUCGCGAUGAGAAGAUAUUGCGGUUGAAAGAGGAGGGGGUGGAUUUCGAUGUAUCGGGGAAAGCGCUUGGUGUUUGUUUUACGGAUUUUGAGGAGUUGUCGACAUCCAAGGGUGGCAGUACUUUACUUUGA